AUGAAUUUUCUAGUGAAUGUCAGAUUUCCAGAUUUAAGUAAGCUCGUUAUUCGCCUUCACUAUUCAAGAUAUCAGCACACAAAAGUAUCAUCUAUUAAAAAACAUAAAAAUCUAGUUUGUCUUGUUCAUCUUUCUCAAUUAUCUGUGUGGAUACUUAUCAGAACUUCCAAUCGAUCGCCUGAUCAAGCAAAAGCUUUAAGUGCAAUAUCUAAUGAUUUAAAUUUUAAAGAAUCAAAUAUAUUUUUUGAGCUUUUAAUGAGACUGCACUGGAUCAAAGCCAUACUUAAAACAUUGACUCCAUUACAACUGCAGUCACAAUUUAUGCUCAUUCCUACCAUAUAA